AAACAAAAACAAAUUUCUCUAAAAUCCAGCAUUUAUCCAUCGAUUAUCCCCUUGUUUUUCUCGUGUAACACCCAUUAUGAUCUUAGUUGUACAUGAACAAACAUUUUCUCCUCUUUCUAGCUAAUAUGGGAGAUCAAAAUUUCUAACCUUUAAUUUCAUUUCUCUUCUUCUUCGUAAGAAGAUUUUUUUUUUGAGGUUAGGAAAAUCAUGGCAAGACGUGGUAAAUACACGGCGUUAAUGUUAGCCCUUCUGUUCUUGUUCGUCGCCGUGCAUUGCGAGGAACAAGAUGGUGAUGAUAUUACACCGAAACCAGGCAAACCUUCUAGUGUUACCUUCGAUGGGCGGUCGUUGUUUAUUGAUGGCAAACGAGUUCUCAUCUUCUCUGGAUCAAUCCAUUACCCUCGUGUUCCUGUUGCGAUGUGGGAUGCCGUCCUUGACAAAGCUAAAGAGGGUGGCUUGAAUGCAAUCCAAACUUACGUCUUUUGGAACAUUCAUGAGCCGCUUAAAGGCCAGUUUGAUUUCACAGGCAACCAUGAUUUGGUGAAAUUCAUGAAAUUAGUGGCUGAAAAGGGAAUGUGGGCAACCCUUAGGGUUGGGCCAUUCAUCCAAGCUGAAUGGAAUCAUGGUGGACUUCCAUAUUGGCUAAGAGAGGAGCCCAAUAUCACAUACCGAACAGAUAAUCCGGCAUAUAAGACGAAUAUGGAGAAUUGGGUCACCAGGGUGGUUAACCUAAUGAAGGAUAACAACUUAUAUGCUCCACAAGGAGGUCCUAUUAUCAUGUCUCAGAUCGAGAAUGAGUACGACCAUGUUAAGGACGCCUACGAUGAUGCAGCAGAGAGAUACAUUCAUUGGGCAGGGAAUAUGGCUGUUGGACUCAAAACUAAUGUUCCGUGGAUUAUGUGCAAAUCUAAAGAUGCACCCGGUGAAGUGAUCAAUGCAUGUAAUGGCAGGCAUUGUGGAGAUACAUUCCAAGGUCAAAAUAGUCAAGGAAAACCAUCUUUGUGGACUGAGAAUUGGAGUGCUCAGUAUAGAGUUUUUGGAGAUGCUCCUUCUCAAAGAUCAGCUGAAGAUAUUGCCUUUUCAGUGGCUCGUUGGUUCUCAAAGAGUGGAAGCCAUGUCAACUAUUACAUGUAUUACGGUGGUACUAACUAUGGAAGAACUGCUGCCUCCUUUGUCACGACUCGCUACUACGACGAAGCUCCAAUUGAUGAAUUUGGUCUAAAAAGAGAUCCCAAAUGGGGUCACUUGAGGGAUUUGCACCAUGCUCUUUUGCUAGCCAAGAGGCCCAUCCUUGAAGGAAAAUUUGGCAUCAGAAAGAACGGUGCUGAUUUUGAGGCAACUUUCUAUGAGGCGGGAGAUCUUUGUGCUGCGUUCCUAUGGAAUAACCACACACAUGAGACAAAAACAAUGAAAUUCAGAGGCAAAGAACAUAAAGUUCCACCCAAGUCCAUCAGCAUCCUCCCGGAUUGCAAGACUCUUGUCUAUAAUACAGACUAUAUGAUAGCUCAACAUAGUGCAAGAGAAUUUAUCAGGUCCGAGGUGGCACAUAGGAACCUGAAAUGGGAGAAAACGUCAGAUUACAUACCAACUGAAGGUUUCUUCUCAAGGGAACCAAAAGAACAAUACUUUGUUACCAAAGAUAACAGUGACUAUUUAUGGUAUAGAACCAGUGUAGAUUUAGACAGUUCAGACUUGCCAUUCAAAAAAUCGCUUCGACCAGUUUUGCAAGUUCUCAGUCUUGGCCACUCUUUAGUUGCCUUUGUCAACGGAGAAUAUGUUGGAACCGCGCAUGGAGUAAAGAGAGAAUACAACUUCCCAUUCUCAGUAGCCAUAAGAUUAAAGGAAGGAUUGAACAAUAUUUCAAUUUUGGGCUGCACAGUUGGAUUACCGGAUAGUGGAAGCUAUAUGGAACGUAGGUUUACAGGGAUAAGAUCAGUGGAGAUCUUAGGUCUCGGUACCGGAAACCUUGAUAUCUCUUACAAUGGCUGGCAACACACGGUUGGUUUGCAAGGCGAGAAGCUCAAGUACUUCACAGAGGAAGGAUUAACGACGGCUAAAUGGUCCCCUGCAUCAGGGGCUGGCGAACCCCUUACUUGGUAUAAGGCAUACUUUGAUGAACCGGAGGGAGAUGAACCAUUAGCUAUUAGAAUGGAGAACAUGACCAAAGGUAUCAUUUGGGUAAACGGCCAAAGCAUUGGACGUUACUGGUCAUCCUACCUAUCCGUCUUGGAAAAACCUUCUCAAAAGGAGUACCACAUCCCAAGAUCGUUUGUGAAGCCAAAGGACAACUUGUUGGUGAUAUUCGACGAGGCGGGAGGGAACAUAAACACCGUACAAAUAGAAACAGUGAAUAGGGACAGUGUUUGCAGCAUCAUAAACGAAGAUUGGCCUGCUGAUGUUUGGUCAUGGAAGAGGAAUACUGGUAACAACCAAAUUGUGCCUGUUGCUGAAGGGGAUAACCCUCAACUUAAGGCAUCCCUUAAGUGCCCUAAGGACAAAGUUAUCAACCGCGUUGAGUUUGCUAGUUUUGGCAACCCAAUUGGUGUUUGUGGAUACUUCCUUCUUGGCAACUGCAACUCUCCCAAUACUGUCAAAAUCGUUGAACAGAAUUGUUUAGGAAAAGAGAGUUGCACAAUACCAGUGAAUGGGUUCGACAAGGAUCCUUGCCCAAAUGUAGCAAAGAAGACCUUGGCCGUGCAAGUGAGAUGUGGUCGCAAAGGAUAGAAGCUUUCAUUUGGUUUUUAUAUAUGCGGUCUUCUAUUUGAAUGUCAUUGUAUUUAUUACGUGUUUAACAAAACUAACAUAGGUCGUGAAAUGAAAACUUGAAAAAAAAGUAGAAUUACUUUGUACGUAUAUAGUAGAAGUUAGUAACUUUGUCUGACAUUUAUUUUAUUUGGUUAACACUACGAGAAA